AUGGCUGGACAAAAGAUCUGGCUGCGCGCCGAGACCAAGCCCGCCGAGGCGCGGUCUGCCUUGACUCCUACUACUUGCAAGGCAUUGAUUGAUGCUGGAUAUGAUGUGACCGUUGAGCGGUCCACCCAGCGCAUUUUCGAAGAUGAGGAAUUCGCCAAGAUCGGAGCUCCUCUGGUCGAGGAGGGAUCCUGGGUCAAGGACGCGCCGAAGGAUGCCGUCAUUCUAGGCCUCAAGGAGUUGCCCGAAGAUGACUUCCCUCUGGAGCACGUUCACGUCACUUUCGCCCACUGCUUCAAGCAGCAAGGUGGUUGGGAGAAGGUCCUUAGCCGCUGGCCUCGCGGAAAGGGCACAUUGCUCGAUCUGGAGUUCUUGACCGAUGAUUCAGGCCGCCGAGUCGCUGCCUUCGGAUGGUCCGCCGGCUACGCAGGAGCUGCUUUGGCCGUGAAGAACUGGGCUUGGCAAUUGACACACCCCGACGAGGCCCUGCCCGGUGAGGUCCCGUAUGCCAACCAAGGUCGCCUGGUUGAGUCUGUGAAGGAGUCGCUUGAGGCUGGCAAGAAGGUUGCUGGCAAGGCACCCAAGAUUCUUGUCAUCGGAGCUCUGGGACGCUGUGGCAGCGGUGCCGUGCAGCUGGCCAAGGAUGUCGGUAUCCCCUCCUCCAACAUUGUUGAGUGGGAUAUGGCAGAGACCAAGCGAGGUGGUCCUUUCAGGGAAAUUUCACAUGAUGCGGAUAUCUUCGUGAACUGCAUCUACCUCUCAGCCAAGAUCCCCCACUUCGUGAACUUGGAGUCCCUUUCCGCUCCCAACCGAACUCUGUCCGUCAUUUGCGACGUUAGCGCCGACACUUCCAACCCCUUGAACCCCAUUCCUUUGUACGACAUCACGACCACCUUUGAUAAGCCGACGGUUCCCGUGACUGGACUGCCGGCUGGGGGUCCUCCCCUGAGCGUGAUCAGCAUUGACCACCUUCCUUCCUUGCUUCCCCGCGAGAGCUCGGAGAUGUUCAGCGAGGCCCUCCUGCCCAGUCUCCUUACGCUCAAUGACCGGGCCAACUCCCGGGUCUGGAAGCAGGCCGAACAACUCUUCGAUGAAAAGGUUGCUACACUGCCCAAGUCGCUUUAG